AACUUAUCUGCCAGCUGUAAACACUAAAGUCCAAUUCAUCCAGAUUAUCAAAUCUGAUGCAGCUGAUAAAAACAAUAUUCUUGACACACACAGCCCUUUUUUAUGACAAUAUUAACUUAAUUAAAAAUAACUGAGGUACUUUUCAGUUUUUUAUUUGUUAAAAAUGUUUUGAAUCAUGUAGAAUUUUUUUUCUACUUCACAAUAGUACACCUCUUUGUGUCGGUCUUUCACAUAAAAUUUGAAUAAUAUUUAUGUUUGUUGUUGUCAUGUGGCAUAAAAAAAAUAGUUCAAGGGGUGUGAAUACCACUGAUGUCUGACAUCAUCUCAGUUGUCUUAUCAGACAAAUGUUAAACACACCCUGAUCUUCAAGUAUCUUAUGUUUAUGUUGUUAAGUUUGCUUGUGUUGCGUAACCAGUAAUAAAACCAAAAGUGAAAUGAAACACUCACCUAAUUUUGAGUCAGACCGUCUACGAAAUAAGCCAGAGAAAAAAGUCGCUCCGCCUUGGUGAGGGGCUUUUCUGAGGGAUUCCUGAGCAAUACUGUCUUCAACAUCAUGGAAGGCCGUCCAGCUGCUUGCUGUGGGUUGGGAGCAAAACGGAGCAAAUCCCAACUGCCCAAAAGAAGAAUCGCCAUCAUUGGACAAACUGGAGCAGGGAAAAGCAGCCUUGGAAACACCAUAUUUAAAGAGAAGAAGUUCAACGUCAACCAUGACGUGGAACCUGGGAUCAGAGGAUGUGAAGCAAAGACCAAACGUGUUGGUGGGAGAGAAAUCACUCUGAUCGAUAUGCCUGGUUUAUUUGAUCCAGGGAAAGAUGAGAAAGAGAUGAAGGCUGAGUUACUGAAAGGAAUCACAGAGUGUUCGCCUGGGCCUCACGCUUUCCUCAUCGUGCUCAACGUGGAGAAAUCUACCCAGAAAGACGACGACAUCGUCAGCAAAAUGAAUGAGCAGUUCUCUGAGGAAGUGUUUAAAUAUUCAACUGUUGUCUUUACUCACGGUGACCGGCUCCCGAGGCGGCAACAAACCCAAGGGUUUGUGAAGGAAAACGAGUUCCUUGGCGAUUUAGUAGAAAAGUGUGGAAAUCGCUGCCACGUUGUAGACAACAAACGCUGGAACAAGCGAUCGAAGUACAGAUACAGAAGCAACCGGUAUCAGGUGAAGAGACUGCUCAAGUCAAUAGAGAAGACGGUGGAAGAAAACGACGGGAGCUUUUACACCAAUGCCAUGCUGCAAAAAAUAGAGGAGAAUAUCAAAAAAGAAGAAGAAAACAUCGCAAAGUCUUCCAGAAACAUACCAGAGGAAAAAAUCAGAGAGACGGCUAAAGAAAGGACGUAUGAUGAUUUCUUAAACAGGCUGGCAGGCAUCACUGUUGGUGCUUUGUUAGGAGCCGCUUUUGGUUCAGCAGUAGCUGUGUCAGUGGUUGUCGCAUUGCUGGCAACAACUGUUAGAGUCCUCGCCUCUGCAACCAAAUCAUGGAGUGCAACGUUUACAAAACCAGCCUUACAUGCAACAGCAAGUGCAGCACCAGAUAAAACAGGGGAAGCAGAAAAAGAAGCAAAUGUAGCAGCAGAAGCAGGAGACCCACCAGCAGCAACGGCGGUGGAAAAAGCAGCAGAUACAGCAGCAGCAGAAAAGCCACCAGUAGCACAAAAGGUGGCAACAGCAGAAGAGGGAAAAGCAGCAGAAGUAGCUGGAAAAAUCGGAGGAGCAUCGUCACAAAUAGGAGGAGCGUUAAGACUAGUAGUGGGUGCGGCUACAGCAGCGGGAGCGUUUUUGGGGGGUGUGACAGGAUAUAACGCAGCAGAAAAUGCAAAAACUCCAUGGGAAGCAGCAGAGAAGGCGGCUCAGGCUGUGUCAGCUUCAGGAUUUACAGCCAUAGAGAAAUCUCAGAAUUUGGCAUCAGAUCUUGUUAAAGCAGUGGUUAAACCAUUGACCAAAGACUCUUAAAAAUCUUCAUUAUUUACUCCUUUACACUUAAAAAUAAAUGAAAAAAAAAAAAAAAAAACACCAAGAGAAACA